AGUAAUUCGAGAACGUAGGGGGAAGAGACAAAGGUGCAGAUGCGCAGAAGAACCACCACCAGAGAGGAGAGAAGAGAGAGAAGAGAGAGAAGAUUGUGAAAAUCAAUCAUCUUCCACGAUUCCCGAGGAGAAAGGGGAGACCCAUGCUAUUUGAGGGUCUUGCUCUGAUCAACAUCUACAACAAAGAAUCAGAUUCAGAAGACAAUUCAUUAUCAAUCGCUCUCUCUCUCUCUCUCCCUGCCUACCUUUUUCAUCUUCGAAAUCAGAUAUUCUAAUCGAUUGAUGGCCGCUUAUUAUGCGGCUUGUAUGCGGGUGAGACAACUCCAACUCCAACUCCAACUCCAACUCGGCACCAAUUCGAUUUCUGGGAUCAACUUUGCCUUAUUCAGACCUCACUCUGCCAAUUCCAUCAAUUCAUCUCCCUCCUCAUUGUUUCCCUGCCGAUUCUCCCAUUCUAGACACAUUUCUCAGCUUGUUCAAUCCAACGGAAAGCGCGUUUUCCUCGUCGACACAUUAGCACUUGUUAGGAGAUUGGAGGCUCAAGGAGUUCCUUCGAAGCAAGCCGAGGCGAUAACUGCCGCUAUUACUGAAGUUUUGAAUGACAGCUUGGAAAAUGUGGCCCAAUCUUUUGUUUCCAAGCCUGAAAUGCAGAAAAGUGUCAUGAUUCAGGAGUCCACUUUGUCCAAAUUCAAGUCUGAAGUUCAAAGCUCACAGGAUAACCAUUUUUCUUUGCUGCAACAUGAGACGGAAAAACUUCGGAUUGAUAUAGAGAAUAUGCGCACCGAACUAAGGUAUGAAAUUGACAAGGUCACUGCUGGUCAGCGUUUGGAUUUGAAUCUUGAAAGGGGGAGAAUACGGGAUGAGCUAGCGAACCAGAAUCAGCAAACCGCUAACCUCACUAAUAAACUUGAUCGAGAAAUUCAUGCAUUGAGGGCUCACUUGGAGGCGGCAAAAUAUGAUGUGAUAAAGUACUGCAUAGGUACCCUUGUUUCUAUCUCUGCUGUUGGUCUCGCUGUAGUCCGUAUCUUGAUGUAAACCUUGUUGAAUUUCAAAUUACUGGUAACAUAACCCAAAUGAAGAAACCAGGAAGGGAAGAAAGAAAAAGAAGAAGAAAAGAACUGUAAUGUAUAUUUCCGAAAGGGAAAAGAAGGAAAAUUGAAAGCAAAUAAGUGCACAUUCUCUUUUAUUUUGUUUGGUGCACUUAAUUUGCUCAAUUGUGAUCAUGCCCUUUGAAAUAAGAAUACAAUAAAUUCCAAUGAGAUGUGUAUUGUUGCCUCAUUGAGUAGUCUACAUGUGUAUUGUUAAUUUUUUGAUUUGAGGUGUUAGAAAAUGGCGAAGUGCAAUACCAUACUAUUCCUAAUUUGGUGUA